AUGGCUCUCUUCUCCGCCUUUACUCUUAUCCGCUGCAUAGCUCUCUUCCACAUAACCCUUGCCUACUUCUUCCUCGUCUCCCCCAAAACCCUUGCGGACCAAAAUGUCGUAUUUCUAUUAGGAGAAUCGAUGCGCCUUGACAUCCCCCCCGGCUUCGCAGUCCCCACCGCUGCCACCGCCUUCCUCGCCAUUAUCCUUGCCCUCUUCGGCAUCUCCGACCUCGCCGCUGUCUCCCUACCCGACGAGUAUGCACGAAUAUACUGGGGCACACAAGUGCCCGUUCGUCUCCUCUUCCUAUUCGGGAUAACCGGAUACACGUACAUGUUCAAAGAAGGGGGGGUACUUGCACCGAAGAACUAUAGGGGCGGUGUGGGGGAUCAUCUGAAGAAUGCGAUGGUGUUUACGUGGGGCUUUGUGGAGCUGAGUGUUUGGUUUUGGGUGUUUAUAAGUUUGAGGGAUGAGAGAAGGCAGAAGGGGAUGGAGUUGAUUGAGAAGAGGAAGAGGGAGGCGGAGAAUUAUUCGAGCUAG